AUGACGCCGACGCUGCCCUCGACAUCGGCCAGGCCACAUCCUCAGCUCAACAUCCCCCAAGGCGCACGUCGCCCAGAGAUCGUCAGCCCACAGCGGACGUCGUGGGCAUCGUACUCCUUCGAGCUGAACGGCCAGGCUCACGACUCGUCCGACACUUUCUAUCAAUCCACCGAUGAUUAUGACCACACGACCCCAGUCAACAGACUGCCUAUAGCUAGCCCUGAACAGGACUCGUCAAGACUAUACACGAAUAUUUAUUAUCCAGACGCACAGCGACCACGCUCGACGAGUUCCUUCUCGCCGCAGAACGCGGUCUAUGCUUUCCCGGAGCCACACAUUCAGCAUACUCCAUCUGUGCAGGCUUCGCCAGGUCCCUAUGGCGGACGGCCAUCCAUACAAGGGCAUCGACAAUCGAAGAGCGAUGUCGGGCCCAUACCUCCAGCAGACUCUUCUCCCUACUCGUCUGUCGCAAGCUUCAGCAGCUCUAGUUUUGCACCCGAUCCAUCUACGGAAGCUACAUCGGAAGAGUUAGGUGCUGUUAGUCUCGAAUCCGAAGAAGGCCUCCGCCAAUUCCAAGCUGGUCGUGUCCCAGAGAAAGAUCAGUCGUGGUAUCGUUUCGUACCCCCACAAGCCCAAGAAGCCCUUGGCAAGCACGAAGUUGAACGACAGUCUGCGAUGUUCGAGGUAUUCACCGCAGAGAAAGAUUAUGUCGAUGACCUGGCGCUGGUCAAGGAGGUAUUCAUAGACGGACUCAAGAAUGCACGACCACCUGUGAUCGAACCUCGAGAACGGCUGAAAGGUUUUAUCAAAGAGGUCUUCGGUAAUCUCCCCUCCAUCCUUACGCAUCACGAACGCAUGCUCGGCUCUCUAUUCGCCCGUCAGCGCGACCAACAUCCUCUCAUCCAAUCCAUAGCAGACAUCGUUCUCGACAAUGCCCUCCUCUUCAUGCCCGAAUACGAAACCUAUAUCAAACACUCCCCCAUCGCCCUCGAACAUCACCGCAAAGAACUCAAGCGCAGCCCACACUACGAAGGUUUCCUUCACCGCUGCUUCUCCGACCCGCGCCUCCGCAAACGCGACCUCAAAACCUUACUCUCCCGUCCCAUCACACGACUUCCGCGCCUCAGACUGCUGUUGGAGAGGAUAAUGAAAGUGACGGAGGUGGACCAUCCGGAUAUGGAGGAGAUCCCGCUCGUGUUGAGUGUUCUUGGCGAUUUGAUUAAGAGCACACAGCCCGGGAUUGAGGUUGCGGAGAGUAAGGUGAAGUUUUGGGAUAUUUCGGAGAGUUUGGUGUAUUCGAAGGGAGAGAUCAUCGAUAUGGAUCUGUACGACGAUAGUCGGACGUUGAUCCAUUCGGGGCCCGUGGCGCGCAGAGUGGGGGAUAGCUGGCAUAAUUGGAAUGAUCUCCUUUUCGCUCUGUUCGACAAUUAUCUAUUGAUCCUCAAGGAGGAAAUCCGACCGACAGGAACGAUCAAGCGGCUCGUCGUCUCUCGCCCCAUCCCCGUCGAAUACCUCCGCCUAGGCUCUUUCUCCGACCCCUCAACCACCCGCUCCAGACGCCCAGACUCUAGCUCCGUCGGUGUCGGUGGAUCCUUCCUCGCCAGCAUAUCAGGGAGCUCCAACAGGCAGGAAAUAUACCCGUUCACGGUCUGGCACGCGGCUGCGCGGACUACGAGGAGGUAUACGGUUUAUGUGGGGAGCGAGGGCGCGAGGAGGAGGUGGAGGGAUGCGUUGGUGGAUGCGGUCGGCAUUCGGAAGGUUAGAGGGGAGUCAAAUAUGGUGUUCGCGCCGCAGGUCGUGAAUGAUGGGUUUUUCAGGGUCAUUUCGUUGAGAGUGGCCGCGCAACCGGGGACGUUCUUCACCGGACGGGUGAGCUGUGCCGCUCAUUUUCAUAGCGGUGGGCGAAGUUUCAUAGUCGUCGGCGCGGCCAACGGUAUCUUCGUCGGUCUAUUUGGCUCAUCCACCUACCGCAAAGCGCUCCCCUUCCCCUCCGUCCCCUCCAUGUUCGCCCUACAAGACUUCAACCGCCUCCUCCUACACGUCGAUGCCCAACUCCUCUCCCUCCCUCUCUCUCUCCUCGCCCAAGUCGCCCUCUCCAAUAUCGACGAAACCGCGCCCACGUCCUCGCUCACGAAACGCCUCGAGCGCGUGGCGGGCAACGAGGGGAAGAUCAUGUUUGUGAGGGUCGGGGCGAUCAGCGCACGGACGGUCGUUGUCUAUGCGAUUAAGAGCUUUUUGCAGGUUACGGUGUUUGCACUGGAGCCGGUGAAGGGGCCGGAGAUGGAGAUGGGGAUGGGGUUGACGACGAGUGCGAGUGCUGGUGCGAAGGGGGGCGGGCAGGCGAGGGGAAGGGGCGGGUUCAGGUCUUUUGGAUCGCCUCAGUCGUUCGUAGCGCCGAGAGACGCGUAUGACGUCGUGUUUCUGUCGAAGAAUAUCGGAGUGUGCACGGAGAAAGGCAUCAUCAUCGUGCACCCGACAAAUUUCUCGAGCACGCAGAAUACUAUCGUACCUGACUUUACCGACGCACCGAUGAACAUGCCGAUGAACACGCUUAAGAGCAGGGCGGACAAGUCUAGAGUGCUCGGACUCGUCAAAUCGGACACGGCGGAGCUUUUGGUCAUUUACGAAGACAUCGGCUGCUAUAUCACCAAACACGGCGAACCCGCCCGUCGCUCGGGCUACAUCCGCUGGGAAUCCAAGGUCUCGCACUACGCCCUCCGGGACGGUCACCUCCUCCUCUUCUCCUCAGACUUCAUCGAGAUCCGUCAUCUCGUCUCUGGAAGGUUGGUCCAAGUGAUGGAGGGGAAGGAGAUCCGGUUGUUGAACGCCGGUGCUCCCACAAGAGAGAAGGAGUCGUCGAAGGUGAAGGAGGAGCCGUUGUUGGUGGCGAUGAAGGGAGAGAAGGACGAUAGGCUGGGGACGAGCGAGAAGGUGGUGGAAGUGGUGAUGACAAGGGAGAUCAUGCGGACGCCGACGCCGGCGGGCGGGAAUGCGGAGGUGUAUUGGGAUGAUUGGGAUGUUGUUUGA